AUGUCCUGCCGUAGCAACGAAUCCAUACAUACAGGCAAGACGUGCACAGUAGAGCUUCUGAGAUACCUUGACGAUGUGUACCUAUACGAAAGGGAAGCAAAAAAGACAUUCAUUGAAAUGGACAUGUUACCAUCCUAUCUACAAGACAUUAAUAUUUGCUUUGUUGCUGGACGUCCUGACGAUGCACAUGCUUUUUUUGUGUUUUUAAUCAACAGUUUGUGCAGCACAUCACAAAGAUCAGAGAAGGUGCUCAAGGAGUGUUACUUUUUUAUGGAAAAAGAUUCUGUAACCUGCCCCCAAUGUGGCGACGUAUGUUCCCAAACAAACCCACAGCUGUGCAUUGAGCUACACAUACAUGGUCCCAGAAAAGCCCAUAGCCAGGAUCUCAUAACUGAUUUUACAUCUUCGAAAGUGGAAGUAGAUCGCUUUUGCUCAAGAUGUAAGAACGGCAAGAAAAUAAAAGAAGCACGCAUAAUUGACUUUCCUAGAUUACUAGCUGUACAUGUCUCAAAGACCCGAAGCAAUGAUGGAUCACCACAAGUUCAGAUUCAAAGUACACUACUCACAGUUUGUGGAGAGAAAAAGACAGCUAGAUACAAACUUGUGGCUGCUAUAAGAUACUUAGAAAUUGGAUUUGGUGUGAACCACUACACAUCAUUUGUUUGUUCCCAUGAGGACCCCACACAGUGGUUCCACAUUGAUGAUUCAAAGGUGGAAGUUGUUAGCACAGUAACUGUUCUACAACAAGACCCCUUCAUGCUCUUCUAUCAGUUGGAAGAACAGGGACUACAGACCAUGCCUGUGACUCUCAGUCAGGCUAGUUGCUUAUUCACAAACGCAUAUCUGACAGAUAUUGUUAUGACAGAGUAUGGUAAUCUUAUAGCCAGUGAAGCCCAAAAGAUAGGAAAGUCUGUUUUUAUCUUGGGAUCACAGUUCUUCUCAAAGCUAUGCUUAACGGGUUAUUCGGGGGUUAGGAGGUGGUACAGAAAGGAAAACCUAAUGGAGAAGGACCUCCUCUUAUGUGUCAUUAACGAUGUGGGAAUUCAUUGGACCUUACUGGUUAUUGACAUCAAGGCAAAGCUUGUGGAAUACUAUGAUUCAUACAAAGCAAAUAAGGAAAAAUACUGGCAAACAAUACGGUCCUUUCUUGAAGAGAGGAAUAAGGAUCAAAACCUUCCUAUACCAGAUUGGGAGAACUGGCAGUAUGUUCAUAAAACUGAUCAGCCUGAGCAAACAAACGGAUAUGAUUGUGGAGUUUUUGCAUCACAGUUUGCCUUAUACCGAACAAUGGGAAUGCCAUGGGAUUUUCAAGAGGAACAAAUGUGCAUAUUUAGAAAGAUCAUGGCAGAAGAAAUCCUCAAUUUUAAGCUACUGUAAGGAAAAUAUAAAUUAUGGUUGGUGUGAUAAUAAUGCGUUGACAAUCUGCACAGCUCUAUGAACGCACGGAAUGCACUUCUUAGGAGUGAUGUACCCCCUGAAUUUAAAUACCAGCCUGUGUACCUAGAGCCAAAUAGAGCUAAGAGACUCCACUGUCGGAUAAUUACCACAG